AUGUCGCUCACCACCUCGCGACUCCAAGAGGAGCGCAAGCAAUGGCGCAAAGACCACCCCUUCGGCUUCGUCGCGCGACCUCUCAAAACGCCUCAAGGCGCCCUUGACCUCAARCGUUGGGAAUGCGCCAUUCCCGGCAAAGACAAGACAAUCUGGGAGGGCGGGCUGUUCAAGCUCGAGGUCAUCUUCCCCGACGAAUACCCCACCAAGCCGCCCAAAUGCAAAUUCACCCCACCUCUCUUCCACCCAAAUGUCUAUCCCUCCGGAACAGUUUGUCUCAGCAUUCUGAACGAAGAAGAAGGCUGGAAACCGGCCAUUACGAUCAAGGAGAUCCUCCUCGGAAUUCAAUUCCUCCUCGAUGAAGUCAACCCGGAGAGUCCUGCGCAGGCAGAGGCCUACAACCUCUACAAAAAGGACAAGGUGGCAUACGAGAAGAAGAUCAAGGCGGUCGUCAAGGACAAUCCGGCGCCGUAG